UUAAAUGUACUCACUGUUGCAGCUUGUCAUUUCAACCAGGCUGGCACCAUACUCUGAAGAACUUGUUCUUGGAAUGGAAGCUUUCCUGACCAUAAGAAAUGUGGAGAAGGGGGGGAAUCCCAAGAAACACACAGAAUGAAAAAGUCUAUCAGUUAAAUAAAUUAUCAAGAGACAAACUAGUUGUAUGGUGCUUCCACUGAAGAAAGUGACAUGAAUCAUCCACAAUUACUUUCAAAUUAAUACUUGGCAUUUUUGAGAAGCACAUCUCUGAGGAAGAAAAACAGAGAUCAGAGACAGGAACAGCAUUCAAAGAUACAUAACUUUUCUCCUGAACUUAAUGUUCCUGUUUGAUUUAUCAGGGCUUUAUUUAAGCAGUUGGUAGAUACCACAAAAUUACUUAAUUUAUUAUUAACUCCCUGGCAUCUGGAAGUGAAAUAUAAAUAAUGUGAUAUUUUCCACACUUUCCUGGGGAGAAAUAGAUCUUUUAAGUAGAGCUGGUCUCUUGCUCUCUCUUUUUUCUUUGUUUUCAUAAUAAUUAGCUCAUGACUCUUCGUGAGAGAGCAGAUGUCUAUUCUCCUUUCUGUCCAGUUUGUGUCCUGUGGUGAUACAACUCCUCCACAAAGUCUGUUGUCUUGGCCAGCUCAAAUGUCUUUUUUCCUAGACCCUGUUUUGGCUGGCUGAGUUCCUGUUCAUUUAUGUACCCUUACCUUGUAGGUAAUUUGGUAUUUCAACAUGGACUUAAAGAGAAGUGUACUGCAGAUUGAUUUUACUUUUCCCUAGGUUUUUCUGUAUUCCUCUAAGCUGCGUGUGUGGUAUGCAGGCCUCUGUAUUGUUUUUAAAUUCAGUCUAGCUUAUGUGGAGCUGUACUAACUGAUCACCUUUCUUCUUCUAGUAACCCUUCCACAAUAUGUUUCCAGAGAAGGAAAGCCGGGUGGACCUCUGUGGAUAGUAAGUUCUGUAGCAGAUGAUUGUGCUCCAUCAGCCUCUGAAUGCAAAGAGUGCUACGUGGGCUGCCAAAAGAAGAAUGGCUGUUGCUGUAAAGCUGCCUUUUGAAGACUGCGGUGAGAUUGAGAGAACACACUGAAUUUGGGAGCUGGAGGAAGGGAAAGGUGGUAACUUCUAGCACCCUUACCAUAAGAAGCUUGUAACUGAUUUUAACAAUCAUUAAAUAUCAUGAAAAAAUCCAUCCAAGUGCCUGAAACAAAUGGAGAUGUUGAUAAAGAAGAAUUCAAGAUGAAGUAUUACAAGAAAUUUGUCGAAGGACAACGUGUAUCUCAAAUUUGCAUGCUAAGUUUCUUUUAAGAUAGGACAACUGCAACUUGAAGGGACCCCAAGGAAAGAGAGAUGCUAAAGCAGAUGCCAAGCAGCUCACAAGUCUCAACAUGCUUGUGAUUGACAGGUCUCUUUCCGUGUUACUGAUCUCACCUUUGCGAGCACCUUAUGUCACAGUAACAGUCCCUUCAGCUGAGGCAGUUGGACUCUGCUCCUUGUGAAGUCAUCAGAGCUAUCAGAAGAGCUUGAUGCCCAGCUGUGAGUUUCUCCUUCAGUCCUGCUGGCACGUUAUCUGGAAAAUCUGAGAAUGCACUGACUAUGUUUUAUAUUAUUAUAAAGAUUACAAGACAUGAAAUAAAGCCUUGGAAAUGGCUCUACAAAAGAUAGACUUUAUGUUGCAAGGCUAGAACUGCACAGAGCAGCUGGAAGUAGUUACAUACUAGAACUGCAGCUGAUUCAGUUGGAUCCUUCAACAUGACCAAUCCUCAGCCUACAAUAGAAGGCAGUGUUUCAGAAGUUGAGAUAAUUUCACAACAAGUUGAAGAAGAGACCAAAAGCAUUGCUCCUGUACAGCUUGUUAAUUUUGCUUAUCGAGAUCUGCCUUUAGCUGCACUUGAUCUGUCUGUGGCUGGGUCCCAGCUUUUGUCAAAUUUGGAUGAAGAGUACCAAAGAGAAGGAUCUAACUGGCUAAAACCGUGCUGUGGGAGACGAGCAGCUGUGUGGCAGGUAUUUUUGCUCAGUGCAAGUCUCAACAGUUUCCUGGUAGCCUGUGUAGUAUUGGUGGUGAUUCUUCUGACUCUGGAACUCCUAAUAGAUAUAAAGCUUCUCCAGUGCCACUUCAGGUACUGGAAGGCUGCUGUAACAUCUCCCCAGAAUCACCUCUUCUCCAGGCUGAACAGCCUCAGCUCCCAGCCUGUCCCCACAGUUUCAAGUGCUUCACAGUUUGCGGGAGUAAUUCACUGGAUCAGCCUAGUCAUCCUGUCUGUUUUCUUUUCAGAGACUAUUUUGAGGAUUGUAGUCCUUGGCAUAUGGGAUUACAUUGAAAACAAAAUAGAGGUGUUUGAUGGCGCUGUCAUAAUCUUGUCCUUGGCACCAAUGGUGGCCUCAACAGUGGCUAAUGGCCCCAGCAGCCCAUGGGAUGCUAUCAGCCUUAUUAUCACAUUACGAAUAUGGAGAGUGAAGAGAAUCAUUGAUGCGUAUGUCCUUCCAGUGAAAGUGGAGAUGGAAAUGAUGAUUCAGCAAUAUGAGAAGGCAAAGGUUAUUCAAGACGAGCAGCUGGAAAGACUAACCCAGAUCUGCCAAGAACAAGGGUUUGAAAUCAGGCAGCUGAGGGCCCACCUUGCUCAGCAGGAUUUGGACCUGGCUGCAGAGAGAGAGGCUGCACUGCAGGUCCCACAUGUACUGAACAAACAGAGCAGCAACAGGUACAAGGUGGUAGCAACUGAAGAUUCAGAUGAUGACACCACCGAGAACAUCACUGAGUUGCGACCUUCACGAGAGGAUGACAUGAAUAAUUACAUCAGUCGAUACUACAAUGAGCCUAGCAGUGAUAGCGGUGUCCCUGAAGCCAUCUGUGUCGUGACCACUGCUGCCAUCGAUGUCCACCGCCCAAACAUCUCUUCUGACCUCUUUACUGUGGAGGUGCCAAUGCGAUUAGGCAGCACUGGGACAUCUGCCAGCAUCACAUCGGGCAGUGCCUCACGCUCGACCGUCAGCUCAGGCACUCAGGCCUGCAGUGAGAGCAGCCAGACGCUGGGCUCCUCCCCGGACUGCAGCACAGCCUGUGCCGACCCUGCAGAGACCGGCGCUGGCCCACGGGCUGACCUUGUGCCCACCCGGCAACGGGUGGCCCACACUAUGGUGCAGGAGCUGCUGUCAUCCCUGUCAGAAGAAGCCUGCCUGGCACAGAAAGGGUUGGAUCCUGUCAAUCUGAAGUUGCCUAGCCCUGUGGGCUCCGGAGGGGGCAGCCCAAACCUGGGCCAUCGGCUCAGCAUCUACAACCGCAGAAACCAGGAGAACCUUGAUGUCUUCCAGCUAAAGCCACUCAUUGACUGCCCACAAGGUGCCCCAAUGAUUGAUGACAAAUAUGGGGCAGUGGGGCCUCCAGAGCCACGUAUGGGUCAGGUUCCUGAGGCAUAGAGACACCAUGCAGGGACAGGCACACACUCACUGAGCUGGGUCAUGAAGUUGCCACAGGCAACAGGUGGCAGUGCUGGAAGCAAUCCAUGGCAUCUCCUGCAGUGGCCACCAGCUAGGGCCCAGCCAUCAUCGCCUCUGUCCACUAGUGGCCAUGGUGCAUGACAGAUCAGCCACUAGCUCCAGGACAGCUGGGACCUAGUGUCCUGUAGGGCAAAAUGGACUUUCCAGCAGUCUAAAGCCACCAUGGACUCACAGUGCAUGGGGGGAACAGACUAUGGACCUGUCCCGCCACUGGUGUAAGGCCAGCCCAAGUGUCCUGAGGCACCACGGUCCUUCCAUCUGUCCAGGGCCAGCAAAGCCACACAGUGUCCAGGGGCAGGACAGAGCUGCUGGACAGCUUGGGCCCAGCCUGGUGCCCUGGCCUGACCUCCCCCCAGGGGCUGAGUGUGGCUGGGAGGGAAGCAAGGAUAGGAAUAAACAGUUACAAAGACUC